UAGUAAGAAAGAGUCAACCUCAUAUUUCAAAAGUCAAGGGACUCUUGAUUAGGCAGCAGGGACUCUUGAUAAGAGACAUAAAAUACUUUGUGAUAGUUGAUUCUAGCUGAGACUUUGAUAGUCGGAUCAGAUAUCUAAGAGACAAGCGCACGUUAGCUAAGAGGACCACCGCGAACACCACCGUCUCGUCUCAAAACGCAGCGUAUUCAUGGCUUCGUCUGAGCCACUCGACCUGGUUGUUACCGUCGUCUCGGCCAAGCACCUGAAGAAUGUCAACUGGCGUAACGGUGACCUGAAACCCUACGUUGUUCUGUACCUUGACCAAGACCACCGUCUCUCCACCCGUUCCGACGAUUCCGCCUCCAUCAAACCCGUGUGGAACGAGCGGAUCACUCUUCCUCUCACCCGAUCUGUCCACGAGUCGGUCCUCAACAUAGAGAUUUUUCAUUCCAAUUCUUCGGAUCUGGCAAAAACCCUCGUUGGCUCUGUUAGGUUUCCUCUAGCUCGCUUGAUUGACUCGGACGGGUCGAUGAUUCCGGAAUUGGUCAACUCGCUUGAGCUGGUUCGACCAUCGGGUCGACCGCAGGGGAAGAUACGCUUGAAGCUCUCGAUCAAAGAGAGACCAAUCCCUCCACCGCAGCAACAUACUCCUCCUCCUCCGCCGCGUCCUCAAUCACAACCACAAGAUUACUAUUCUGCUCCUCAAAACAACCAUUAUUACUCCCCUACCCUUCUCCCUCCUCCUCCCCAAGCUACGAUCACCGCUCCGUCUCCUCAGCGUGACUACAGAGAAUUCUCGCAGUCCCCGUCACCGUCUCCUUACCAAUUCACUGAUCACUACUAUUCCGGGUAUUAUUACCCGCCUCCUCCUCCACGUUCAAUGUACGAUCGUACCUCCAAUUACGGCCUGCCAAGUGGCCCAUCUGCUCCAGCCGAUGCUUUCUCAUCGAUUGAUCACAAGCAGCCUCCUUUAGCUCCUCCUCGGUUUUCUAACUACGCUCCACCGCCGACUGGGACAUCUGCUCCCGUUGAUUCCUUUCCGGCUAACGAGUACAAGCCACAGGCUCCUCCUGUGGGCUCAAGAUUGUCUAGCUACGGAGUGCCUAGUGGGCCAUCGGCGCCAGUGGAUUACUCUCCUUAUGAUCACAGGCAGUUGCAGAAGACGUUGGUUGGAUUGAGCUUGGAGGAAGAGAGAGGUGCUGCAGAAAGGUCUGAGAGCGACUUUGGAGCUAGGCCAAAUUACAGCUAUGGCCGUGAUUAUCGCCGUGAAUGUUGAGGAUGGAAUAAGUUGUUGAUUUCCUAAGUGUGUGACUUUUUUAACGCUUGACUAUCAUCAAUUUACCAUCCAUGUUGGUGUUUAUAGAUCACCAAGAUAUGGCUAAUAAUAUGAAUUUGGUGAAGGAUGUGUUAUGUCUAUAUGUAUGUCUCGUUUGCGAAUUGAUCGGUUGCACCUUUCUCGUUAUUUGGUUUCUGUAUGUGUCUGGAAAACAAGAGGAACAAGGGGUGACAUAUUUUGUACUUUUGUACAUGUUUCUAAUAUAUCUCUAGUUUCUUCUC